UUAAAGGCAGGACAAAGGUUGAUGUGCAUUGUUUUCCCGUCAUGAGAAAAAGGAGAAGUGGCAAUAAAACAGGUCAACACAGGGAACAGAUACAGAGAGAAGCGUCAGAACCGAGAGUUUAAAGAGACUAUAAUACUAAAGGUGGUAUGUGUGAGUGCAGUAAUAUCAACAGGCUUGAAUAGUUGUUUUAAUAUGGUUUUUGAAUGUAGUGGUUAAAUAAAAAAUUCCAGUGUGAUAAAAGCGCUGUUUACACUAACCACAUACCGGGAUGAUCAUGGAACGAGUUUUGACUUUAGUAUCGCUGUGUGUGCUUUCUACAUGGGCAGAAAUCCCUGAUGUUAAGAAUGUUACAGUAAUUGGUCGAACAGAUACUACAUUAACAUUUGAAUGGAAAGUUGAAAACCGCAGUUACAGUUAUAUACUGGAAACAAUUGACAAUAAAGUCUCAAUCAAUGCAUCAGAGGCUUAUUAUUUGAAUCAUAUAGUCUCAGGACUGUCUCCUGGGACUAACUACUCUUUCACGCUCUACACUGUGUUUGGGGGUAAUACAAGCAAAGGAUUUUACUUUUCUGAUGUAACUGCUCCACCUAAUGUUGACCUUGUUUCAGUCAUCAAUCGGAAAGAGUAUAUGAUAACAUUACAAUGGAGUAAUUUCAAGAACAGAAGUGAUUACAGUUAUAAGCUGAAAUACAGGAACGAAGAAAAUGUUUCAAUACCUAUAUCACAAACUGAUACAGUGGAAUAUAACGUCACGUCUCUGGAUGCUGGGACAGAAUACUUCUUUACGCUCUACACUGUGUUUGGAAGUGUAAUGAGCAGUGGAUACAACUUCACUAAUGUAACCAUGCCAUCUAAUGUUCAAAAUGUGAAAGUGAGGAGCAAUGACACCGAAAUGAUCUUACAGUGGGAUGUUGUAUCAAACACAAGCAACAAUAAUUACAGUUAUACUCUUGAAAACAGAAAUGAACCACCAGUGAAUUGCGGUAGUCAAAUUGUAGAUGGAAAUAAGGUAAUAUGUCAUAUAUCAGGUUUGAUGCCUGCAACAAAUUACAGCUUCACUCUGUACACAGAGUUCGCUGAUCUGAGAAGUACUGGAUUCAACUUUUAUAACAUCACGACUCUGUCUGACAUAACUGGAGUAACAGUCAAUCGGUCACAGACAGAGUUGACUAUCUCAUGGAAUAAGUUAAACAAUAAUGACAUCUACAACUACAAUUUGAAAAGUCAUAGAGAGGGGAGUGAGAAACAUUUCACUGGAUCCGUUGAGGGUGAUGUGAUUACACAUACUUACUCAUCUCUCACACCAGGAACUGAAUACAGUUUUACUCUCUUUACUGUGGUGAACAAAGCCUUAAGUAGAGGAUACAGCUUUAAGAACAUCACUACCCUUUACUGUACGUCCUUUAACUGGAAAGUUACCAACUCAUCAAUAGAGGCUGAAGUUAAUGGUUCCACACAUGUGAUAGCUCAAAACAGCACUGGAAGUCAUAAAAAAACUCCAAUACUAAUACACAACAAGGUGAAUCUGCAAGACCUAUAUCCCGGAGGACACUACACUGUUUCACUGUUUUAUGAAUUGGAGUCACAGCAGCUGCUACAAUGCUCACACAACCUGACAUUAGCUCCAAAUAGUGUAUCUCAUCUCCGCUGUGAAUAUCAUUCUGGAGGGUAUGGUCUGGCUGUAAUUUGGGAAUCUCCAUAUGGAGCUGUGGAUGUGGUACAGGUCGAUGUUAAUGGACAAAGUGUCAACCAAUCACGGAGUUUAGAAAAAAAACUGGAGAUAAAUGGCCUGCAAGUUGCCCAGUGGUACAAAGUGACAGCAUUAUCAUUCUCUGGAGCCAUGAGGAGUCAAACAGUAUCAGUCAACUGCCAAACAAAUCCAGCAGGUGUCAUAGCAGGAGUUCUUGUAUUUUUACUCUUGGUCAUCAUUAUUUGUGUUGCUGUAUUUGCAUGGCGCCGAUAUGGUUCAGCAAAGCGCAAUAAAAUGCCAUACCCACUUGUGGAGUCAAGAGUGUCUAAUAAAAACUACAAACCGAUUCCCUUGGAUAAAUUUCCUGGACAUUAUCAAAACAUGAGUCGUGAUGAGAAUAGAGGUUUCAGUGAGGAAUAUGAGGACUUAAGUUCAGUUGGUAUAGAACAGUCUAGUAUAGCAGCUCUUCUUCCCGAAAACCAGGACAAAAAUAGAUUUUCCAAUGUUUUAGCCUAUGACUCCUCUAGAGUGCAUCUCACUACAAAGGAUGAGGGUGAUUCUGAUUAUAUCAAUGCUAACUACAUGCCUGGCUAUGGCAAUGCAAGCAGACAGUAUAUUGCUGCUCAAGGUCCACUGCCAUCCACUGUCAAUGACUUCUGGAGAAUGGUUUGGGAGAAAAGGUCACAGGCCAUCGUCAUGGUAACCAACUGCACUGAGAGUGGAAAGGUCAAGUGUGAGCAAUACUGGCCGCUGGACUACACACCGUGUCUUUAUGGGAACCUGCUGGUUACAGUGAAAUUGGAGGAUAAAUUUCCGAAUUGGACUCUGCGAGAAUUUAUUAUAAAAAAUAAAGAGACCUCCGAGACACGAACAGUGAGACACUUCCACUUCACAGCAUGGCCGGAUCACGGUGUUCCUGCUGGCACAGAGGAGCUGAUCCAAUUCAGAGGACUCAUCCGUCAGCACAUAGAGAGCUCUUACUCUGCAGGGCCGACGACUGUACACUGCAGUGCUGGAGUGGGCCGGACAGGUACCCUAAUAGCGCUGGACGUCCUGCUACAGCAGCUGCACAAAGAGAAGGCAGUGGGAAUUGCAGCGUUUGUUCAGCAAAUGAGACUCUGUCGGCCACUAAUGGUGCAAACUGAGUCUCAGUAUGUGUUCCUGCACCAGUGCAUCAUGGAUAGUCUACAACCCAAAACUGGGCCUAAGUCAGAGCCUCUCUAUGACAACUCAGACAUGAUCUAUGUCAACACAAUAGCAUUAAAAGAAUAUAACAAUCAAAGUCAAAUAUAAACAGAAAUAUAAGCCAUAUCAUAUGGUCCAAUGGUUCAUUUCAAAUACAUAACCUUCAAUAAAAACUGUAAGCCUGGGUUAUUAUUUUUUAUUUUAUUUUAUAUGAAAGGACUCUUCUGCUAACAAUGCUGAAAGAUACUGGCAAUGAUAUUUUGAGCCCAAGCUAUAAAGAACUAUAAGUUUACCAUUAAAACUUAAAUGCCACUCUUUAUUAAACUAAAUAGCUUUGUAUAGGCUUGUUUUUUGCUUGAUAACCUGUGGUCUCUGAAAGGAAACUCUCCUUUAAGCUGUACUUAGUGCUGCUUAUUUUGCACAUUGCUUUCAAAUGUGACAUUUUUGUUAAAAUUGAAAUAAGAGAUGGUCUGUUUAAUGUCAGUUGAAUUAGAUUUGUUUUAGGUUAAUACCAAAGUAUCUUUCCAUUAUUAUUCCAUUGUUACUUAUUCUCAGCUGCCUGCCGUAUAACAUGCUUUAAAGGAAUAGUUCAGCUAAAGAUGAUUUUUGUGUGAUUAUUUACAUCAGGACUGGGUACCCUGAUUUAAAUAAUGUCAUAUCUGUAUGUGAAAUAGAGAAUUAGAUGCCAAGAAGGGGAAAUGUUUUGCUUCACAGAUAUGGUUUCUGCAAACUGUUACUAUAUAGAAAACUGUGAAAACAUUCUUCAAACAUUAAGUUAAGUUAAGUUGUGGUCACAUUAGUGAAAUUCCAGUCACAUUCACUCAAAUUUAAGUUACUUUCAUCUUUGCCUUCACAUAUUGGAGUAAAUAAUGUGUGAUGUGUUACCUGUUUUGGUAUUUGCGGUCAUGCUUUUUUUUUUUGCACUGUGGUAAAAUGAAAAUUU